GUCCAAACGCACCUCCAUUUUAAAAGAGUUCGACCAAGCAUGCUUUUGGGAAAUGAUUCUGGCAACAUAACCUAACUACGUGUGUAAUGAUGAAGAAUCUUUGAUCGCUGUAUAACCAAGAUGAAGAUUCUACAUUCUGUUCGCUCUCUAUUGAAGUGGAAAUACCUACCUGCCAGGACAUGGUCUUCUAUGGGGCAAGGGGAGACAACGCACACAAAAUGUUUAGGAGACUACAGAAACCUGAGUUUCUAUGGAAACACUGAUAUGCCAAGCAUCUCAAAACCCUGUCAUGGAUUCAGAAAGGUGUUAUACACACAAAGACUAUGGUUUAAAUCAGAUAAGAAAUUUUCUAACUGUAUGUGUGUUGUCAACAGGUCUAUUCACAUUCAACAUAGUGUGAUGAUGACAGAAACGGAGAAAGUUUAUCCAGGCGAUGGUGGUAAAUCAACGAGUGAAAACAUCAAGAUUAUGGAAAAGAUUGAGAGCGAUGUCAACGCUAUAAGUAAAAGUGUCCUGGAGAAAAUGGAGGAAACUGAAAAGGUUGGGGAUGAUUUGAGAAUAAUUCUGGUUGCAUGUAUACGACACUUGUACAGUUUACGUUUGUCUCUAGUCCAAAUACAGCACUUUUUGACAGAAAACAAGGAUAUUUACAAACAUCAACAUUUUAUUUCAAUCACAACUUUCUUAUACAAGAACGGUUUUAAUGGUAGAAGAGUUUGCAAGCUUGUGUCGAAGUAUCCCAAGGUUCUAGACAUACCAAAAGAUGAAGUUCGGGCGAAGAUCGCACAUUUGCGGGAUCUUAGAUUCAUAAACACAAACAUUCUGUUAAUUAUCGAAGGCUUACCAGAAGUGCUGCAAAUCCCCACAAAGACUAUCACCAAGCGCAUCUCAGAUCUACAGCACUUGUUCAAGUCGAAAGAUGUUCUGGAUCUUAUAGGUAGGUCGCCUCCCCUUCUGAUGGAAGACCUGGCUGUGAUCACAGCAAAGUUCAAUUAUGUUUUCCAUGUGAUGGGUAUCACCCAGAGACAAAUCAUGUACAGUAGUCUGUUUAAACACAGUCUGAAUCAUAUCAGACAGCGGCAUGCCUUCCUGGUACGUUCAGGGUUUUACAAAACAAGAGUAAAGAAGGGUCAGCUCAAUCCCAACCCUGUCUUAGAAGAUAUUGUUGAUAUGUCAACCCGAGUUUUCUUAAAAAAAUACGGAAACAUGCCAAUGUCUGACUACAUUGCUUUUUGUGAAUUGUUUGAACGCGAAACUCGUGAUGCUGAUGAUGAGAUAGAUGAGUAUUCUGAUGGUGAAGAAACACAUGAUGAGGACUCUGAUGAUGAAGAAACACAUAAAUGGAAGAGAUGAUUACUGUUGUUUUGAAAAUUUGACCAUUCUAUAAAAAUAUACAGAAAUUGGUGUCCUCACCGUUUGUGUGUGGCAAUUCCGUCUGACAGAAAAUUUUAGUAAAUUUAUUUCUGCUAACUUUAAAAUCAUACUGGUAUCUAUUCAACCCUGGGUAUGUUAAUUAAACUUGUGAUCACUUGACUUGGCCUGUUUUGUUUCUUCACUUUCAACAAAUUAGAAAGGUAGGGCAUGUAAUUGAAAGCAUGUUACGGGAAAAAAAACCUGGCUUAAAAAGUAAGUCAUUUGCCAUGAGCCUGACGAGAGUGAUAUAAUCUUGAAAACUGCAUUGAACAUUUUCUGUGGCUAAAAGAGUUAUAGAGCAAAAGAUUCAGUUAACUUGUUAUAUGCCUGUUGUGUGAUAUAAUGUCUGCAAAAUAUAUAGAAUA